AUGGUCAAGACAUCUGUUCUCAACGACGCUCUCAAGAGCAUCAACAAUGCCGAAAAGGCCGGCAAGCGCCAAUGCAUGAUCCGACCCAGCUCCAAGGUCAUCAUCAAAUUCCUGUCUGUCAUGCAGAAACACGGCUAUAUCGGCGAAUUCGAAGAGGUUGACGACCACCGCAGCGGCAAAGUUGUUAUCCAACUCAACGGCCGUCUCAACAAGACCGGCGUCAUCUCCCCACGCUACAAUGUCCAGCUCCGUGACCUCGAGAAGUGGGUUGUCAAGCUGCUGCCAUCCCGUCAGUUUGGCUACAUUGUUCUCACUACUAGCGCGGGAAUCAUGGAUCACGAGGAGGCCAGACGGAAGCAUGUUUCUGGAAAAAUCAUCGGCUUCUUCUACUAG